AUGCCGACAACUCAUGAAAGUGUUUGUUGUACGGAAAUCGGGCAAUUGUGGCAAAAUGACCUGAAACCCAGAUAAGUUGUAUCACUGAGCAUCCAGGUUUUCAGUCAAUUUGCCUCGAUUUCUGGGUGCUGAAGACGGCCAAGUACGCGUACAGGCAGCAGCAAAGCACAGAUAAUCACACCGGAAACGACUAA